AGGUACGAGUCCAACACAACCCGGCUCUAGCAUCUCUCCGCCUCUCUCUGUUCUCGCUCGCGUCGCACGAGCCACUCAUCCCUUUCGAUUCCCCUAUUUUGCCCACGCCGGUGCCGCCGCCGCCUACCGUCGUUCUGGCGGCUGCCAGCCGCGUCCGCCGCCGCUAUUCGCCGGCGAGGCACCGCCUAUUUCUACCCUUACAGUUGAUUUGUUUCUCUCCCCCUCUUGUGGCCUCUCGCGGACGGCUCCGACCUUGCUGCUAUAUCGCCGCCGCUACUGUUCCGGUCAACUCCGCCCAUCCCUAGCGCCGCCAUGCUGCGUUCCUCCUUCGAAUCACCUCUCACCACUGGAUCCUCACGGCCACGACGCCGGUUGCUAACACGCGCGCGCCCGCGACGAUUCCAGCCCCGCCGUGCCGCCACUUUCUUCUGGUCGGUUCUGGCCACUUCUGGCGCCGGCUUGGUAUGGAUUUGCUCCGCCUCCUCAUGCACUUCAAAACCCUCUCUUCGAUUUGAUUUCCAUGGCCCCAGUUGCUCGCCCACGACCCUGGAAACCCUAGUGGUGGCCGGUCGAUUUGACCGCCACCGGUCUCUUCGGGCGUUGCCGUUUGUCGGAGUGGCUCCGCCACUGACUUCUCCUUCAACAGCCACCGCCACGAUGCCCCUAACUCCUCCACGCGUGCGGCCACGAAACCCUCGCUGCUACCGGUGGUGGUUCUGCUCGCUGCCGGCCGCUAUCGGCGCUGCUACUUGCCGGCGCCGUGGCUCCGACGACCUUCUCCGCCUACCUCCGCCAUCUCCUCACUGCCGUGCCGCCGCCACCAGCAUUGACGCCGGCAGGACGGCAUCCUCUGCAACCCCGGCGUCAUCGACCCGUAGCUGUUGCGUUGAUGUACUGGUUGUUGGGGAUGGUUUGUGGUGCUGGGACUGGCGUGAUGGAGCUGCUGCUGCUGCGACGCCUACAUCUCCUUCGGCGUCGGCGGGACGGUGCUGCGACGCAACCCCGGCGCCGACUAUUUCUUCUACUGCAAUGCGAGCUAUCUUUACAGCAUUGAAAAUGAUAAUAAAAAGAUUGGGAGAGAUUUGGAAGAUGAAGAUUUAGUUUAGGAAUUCCUUUUUUUUUAUUCCUUUGUAAUUUUGUAUUUCCUUCCUAACUUGUAAGUUACUGAAUAAUAUUAUUUGUAAUGAAUUUUAAAUCAUUUAUUUAUUUGGAA